AUGGCCACCCCAGUCAUACAAGAGGAGGCAAAAGAGCAGGAGUCUGUCUUCGCCAAAAAGAAGCAGAGUGAGAUCAGCAAUAUGGCCAAGGAGUUCCUGAACAAGAGCUGCUUCAUGGUGCAUUGGGGACACAAGCUGGUGUGGAAUGCCGGCUUGGACGCUACCAAAGACCUACCUGCCAAGAUGAGCUCCUACAGAAUGAAGGCGUCAGCAGAUGAAGACCGGAUGCAGAAUGCCGACAUCACCACGCGGCUCACGGGCGAGCCUGACGCUGCGCCUGCGCAGGAACGUGGAGUUGUCGGCAGCGACAAGGGGACGCCUGGCUUGAAGCGCCUGUCCAAGCGCUGUGGUGUUGGCGGCGCUGCUGACGAUGAUGAGGAUGACGGGGAGAUGGCGUUGGCGGAUGAUGAGAAUGAAGAUGGCGCUCAUCGCAGGUAUGCCAAGUGCACUGCCCUGAAACUCCAGCUGGGCAUGCAAUUCUCGAAGAAACUUGGCGUGGAGGGAUGGACAAAGGGAGGGGAUGCGGGACUCCACCAGCUGAUGUUGGACGUGGUUUUGGCCCUCAAGCGCUCCGAGACGACCUGGCGCUAUGCGGAUUGCGUGCAGCUGCUCUUCGACGCCGAAGAUGAGGGUCGAGCAGCGGCCGGCAAGUUGCAGCGGUGGGGCCUGGAGGAGAAGGAGAAGCGCAUGACGGAGUAUGUAGUGGUGACGCUCAUGAUCAGCUGCUAUGGCGCCAUCCUUGAGGAGAAGGAGGACAAGAUCCGCUCGGCCGCCGAUGUGAAGAAGAUCCUGGGUGCAAUCAGCGAGGUCCAGGAGGAUGAGCUGCUACAGCUGGACGUCCAGUGGAUCCCUGAGGAGGCCUUCUUCUCCGUUGGGCGGGGAGGAUGCUUUUGGCCGCUGAAGCCUGAAGCCACCACGGUCGCUCGACCGUCGCUCAGCGUCGACCCAUUCUUUGGGCGACCGGACGAGCACGGUCUUUCAGAGUGUUGCCCUGUACUCCGGCAUGUGAUUGUGGCCGCAGAUCAGAGUGAAUAUUGGAAGGAUUGGCCCACCUCUGGCAAGUUCGCAAGCGACAGCCUUUUGCUCUCCUCCUCAGCCACGGCCCUCUUGUUCAAGCUCUCGCAGAAGACCAAUGAAGAGGAAUUCCUGAACAUUUUGCACAGUUUUUGUGGCCCCAUGUGGCAGAUGCAAGUCGCCGAAAGGAAGCCCUACGACUUUGUCCACCUGCCCUGGUCCAAGCUCGCUGUGGUGAAUUUCACCAGUCCCGAGGCGUGCGUGGUAUGUUUUGACAUGAUGAAAAUGGUGGCUGGCAUGCCCGGGGUGAACAUCACAGAUGUCUGUGAGGCCCUGCAUCAUGGCUUGGCUGCGAACCUAGCUCAUUUCAUCACCAAGAGUCAGCAAGCGUCCAAAAUCAGCAUGCCCUUGGUCUUUAUCAGCGGACACCGGGUCCCACCACUGCUUGCUUGCCGGCUUGUGUCUUAG